GUUCAUUCUUCUUCUUCUUUUCUCUUCUGUAGUCUCCACCAUUUUCGGGGUGACCGUCGGCUGCGCUGGUCACAUGGGGUGCGGCAGCUGUAAACCCUGCCAUGUCAUAUGAAGGCUCUGCUCAUUUCUUCAAACUAGAAGAGGAUAUCACCUGCUCCAUCUGCCUCCAGGAGCUCAGCGACCCAGUUUCUAUCACCUGCGGGCACACCUUUUGUAAACCCUGCAUCUCUUUCUACUGGGCCACCCCACAACCCCAAGGUCAUCAAUGUCCAGAAUGCAGGAAAGUUUGUCCUAGAGACCAGCUCAUACCGGCCUACAGCCUACAGCACUUGGUGUCCAAGGUUCAACUGGUUGUCAAAGAAGAGAAGUCCAAAAUGGCUCCUGCGUAUCCCAUCCAGUUGGUCUCCAUUGAUGCAACAGGCAAGAUGAGGCUAGAUGAAUCCGCUGUGAACAGAUGCUUUUUGGACAGUGAGAUCUCCGAUUUCCCCCUGUGCCUCAUCUGUGUGAUCGGAGAGAAGAGAAGAGGAAAAUCCAGCUUGCUGAAUUAUAUUCUGAGAGCUCUUCAUAGACUGGAGAAGGGACAGCUGGUCAGCCUGGGGGAGAAUGAUGAGGCCCUCAAGGGGUUUGACUGGAGAUCUGGAAUAGACAGUGUCACCAAGGGGAUAUGGGUUUGGAGUAGACCAUUCAUUCUGAAGAGAAACAGAGAAAAGAUGGCCGUGUUUGUUCUGGACACAGAGGGGUCACUGGACAUUGAGAGCGAUCGAGAGACCUGUAUCAAGCUGUCCGCCCUGUCCAUGCUCCUCAGCUCCUACCUGAUCUUCAACGUAAGUGGAAGCUUGAAAACAACGGAGCUGGAUUACCUCGAGAUGUAUCUACAUGUCCCGGAGCUGACCGGGGAAUCUUUUUCUCUAAAAUAUUUACAGCACUUGGAUAUUCUGGUUCGUGACUGGCAGGGCGACAACAACUGUGGACGAGAAGCUGCUAAGUCCUACAUAGAGCAUGAGACUGAGAAAUUAUGGAAAAGUGCAAAAAAUCACAGCAUGUUAAAGGCUCUGCGCUGUGCGUCCACCAGCUGCUUCCUCCUGCCUCAUCCGGGGAAAAAAUUCCUGACCUCAAGUAAGGGGCGGCUUUCAGACAUGGAUGACGACUUCAGGGAUCACCUGACAACGUAUGUCUCAGACCUUGUGAAAGAAGUUUGGCUCCACCAUAAAACUGAUGUCCACGGCGAGAGGAUCACAUGUGGUCAUUUGGGUCAAACUCUGAAGGGUUUUGUCAGCGUGUUGGAUGAAGAACACUUCAGCUUUGCUUCCCCAGUAGAGAUGUUAAAUUCACGUCUAAACAGUGAAAACAAGACAAACACAGAAAAUAAAUUCCAGGAUUUUGUGGAAAAAGAGGCUCCAAAAAACUCCUCUUCAUUUAAGAUCAUGAGGGUUAAGCCCUCUGAGAUGAGGGAGAAGGUUGGAUUGGAGGCAUCUCGUCUUCUCACUGCUUACAGGAAGAGUCUGUUAGGCAGCAAUGAAGAGAAGCAGAAGCUCAAGGACAAGAUGGAGAAGUUUUUGGACCAUGAAGUGAAAAGAUUCUGUGAUGAAUACUCCAAGCGCUUCACGAAGUGUGCAGUAGGGAUCGGGUGCGCCGUGGGUGGUUCGGUCCUCUGCUUGGCUGGAGGCAUUGCGGGAGCAGCUGUGGCGGGAACCAUCCUGGCUGCGGAGGUUGGUGCCAUGGCCAUUGGUGCAGUUGGAGGAUCGGUCACACUAGGGGCCAUCGGAACUGGAGUUGGAGCCGGUGUAGGGGGAGCUAUUGGACAUAGGGAGACGAACAAGAAUCAGAAGACUAAGGACACUGGCAAUGAUGAUACAGAAACAUCAGAAGACACCCAACAGCUGUUGCCAAAGAAAAAGUGAACUAUCACUCCCAACAUUGUAGCUGUAGAAACCAGGCAGAAGAGACAUGGUCGACUGAGACAACUCAACACUGUAGAUAAAUGUUGUAAUCUACUACAGGUUUUAUGGACAGUUGUGGCCUCUUCAUUUAUCUUACAAGGGGCCCAAUCCUUUAUGAUUCCCUUGAAUACAAUGAUCUGUUGGUGUUUUUAUUUUUUAUAUAGGGGGCGCUUUACAGAUUAAAUGUGUAUUUUUAUGAAUGGGGAUGUUUGCAAUAACUCCAUAAAAAGCAACAGGAGACCGGCCACCGAUGAGGACUCCCAUACAAGAAGUCAUAAAAGUGACGGCUCCAGGGGCAGCGGAGGGCGCAUCACAUGACCACGUGGCUUCCAUUGUCUUUAAUACAACGUCACUGUAUAUGUGUGGUGAAACAGCGGAGGGCGGAGAGCCUGGGGACCUCUUCUCAUGGUCCUGAUGGUUGGACGCCCAUAAUCUACUCCAUUCCAGCACCUUACAAGCAUUGACAGUUCAUGCUCUGUGUAGUGUAUAUCGAGUCAUGAGGUCUGCGAUGCCUCGGAGAAUGUCUCUAUAUAUUUUACUCUAUAUGUUCUGCACAUUAAAGUGAUAGAUAAAAAAUACAAAAAUUGUGAUCAAUUCAAUAAAUGAUCGCUCUAUUAAAUCAA